AUGCUCCGGCGGGUAAUCUGCACGCCGGCGACGACGUUCAGCCGUGCGUUGUCUACCACGCACCUUGGUGGUGACGUCCCCGUCCCGGCCCACGGUGACGCCAAGCGGAAAGCCGUCGACGCGAUUCUCGGCGAAAACGAGAAGAACGCCACCGUCACCGUCUCGACCCAGGAAUCCGUGUCGAUCUCCGGGAUUCCAGAGGAGCAUCAGUUUGACCGCUCGGCGAGGAUCUUCCGCGCUGCCCGUGAAGCCACCCAGACGUCGUGGAACAAUACGAAGCUCUGGAAGAUCGAGCUGGACAACCGCGAGCGCUGGGAGAACCCGCUGAUGGGAUGGGCAUCGACCGGUGACCCCAUGUCCAACACAUCGAUGCAACUCGAUUUCGCCUCAAAGGAAGACGCCAUUGCCUUUUGCGAAAAGAACAACUGGGGCUGGGAGGUUGAGAAGGAACAGAUCCGGCAGAUCAAGCCCAAAAGCUACGGCUGGAACUACUCAUGGAACAAGCGCUGCCGCAACUCUACCAAA